UAUAAAGAAGGAAAGCGAUAAACCCUAAACCUAACAAACCCCCUACCUUCUUUCCGCCUCUCUUUCCUAAACCUCUACAUUCAUCCUCCUUAUUUUCUCACUUCUGGAUUUCUUCUCCUCUGUGCAAUUCAUGGUUUUCAAUAAUGAAGUAUUUACCCGGUGAUGCAUCAAAUUUAAACCAUGCUAAUUCUGAUCAAUCCGUGAUCGAUAAUCUUUCGAUUCAUUAGCUGAGGGUUCCUUUUUCUGUUUCUUUUCGUCAUUCAUUUCGUUGUAAUCUCAAAUCUUUCAAUUUCGAAGGCUUAUGAGAAUGAUCUACAUAUCAUCAACGUUUGUAUUUUUUCGAAUCAAAUUGGAAAACUUGUUUUUAGAAUUAGAAAAUUAACAAAACAUGAGACUACGAGAGAUUGUGGAGGUGUCUUUCUUGUCUAUGUAAUUGUCAGGGUGAUAGAUGUUAGGAAAUGCAAACAAAGAGUAAAUGGAAAUAAUUACUCCCUUUCUCACAAUAAAUUGGGAAAAAUUGAUAAUGAAUUGUGUUGAUAAAAUUUAAAAAAAAUUAAAUCAUACAAAUGAUAUUAAAACAAAUAGUGGGUUGUCUAAAAAUUUGAACAAUGCAAAAUGUUCUUUUUAUUAAACUUAAAUAAUAGACAAUUAAAACUUAAAUAAUGAAAUUAUAUAUUAAACUAAGCGGGUAAUGUAUAUUUAUAAUAUACUUUCUUCGUUUCCUAAUGUUCUUUUUAUUUAGAAUAUUUUAGUUUGGAGAGAGAAAUUCGAUUAAGAUUUGUUAAAUAUAUAUAGAUGAUAAAAUAUAUUCAUAUAAGAUCUUGUUAGAUACAUUUUAAUGUGUACUUUUUUAUUUUAUAUUUUUUAUAACACAAAGUUAAACAUGUUAAGGCUUGAAAGUUGCUUUGAAAACUGUGUAAAAUGUAAAUGAGAAAAAUAAAAAACACGGAGAGUAAUAGACAAUUAAAACAAAAUAGUCCCUCCGUUCUUUUAUUUGAGUUUUUCAAAUGAAAGAGAACCUUACAAUAGAGAUAAAUUAACCAACUUUUUAAAUUGGGAAAGUUUGGAGCUCUACAAUAAAAAAAAAGGAGGGAACUUAAUCCUUCUAUACAAAAACCAAAAAAUUAGAAAUUACAUACAAAAACCAACAUUAACCAAAUUAAACUAACAUGGAUUAGCCUUAUCAUGUACUCUAAUCAGAAAUUAUAUCAAACAAUCUAGAAAAAUGACCUUAUAAAUUCCAGUUAGCCUAUAAAGGCUGCUGUUUGUGAAAAAUCAGUAGCCAAAUACUAUGUGAAAAAUCAGUAGCCAAACAAUCUAGAAAAGUCAGCAACAUUAUCUUCGAAAAAUCAGUAGCUUUUCUUAACAGUCCACAAAUUCUUCAUAUAUAUUCGAAAACAAUAGCCAAACAGUUUGUGAAAAAGAUAAUCGCAUCAUUUGCCUUCAAUGGCUUCAGGAAGUGAAGAUGAGCAACAGAGGGCUUGGUUCUUUGGAUCGAAUUCAUACGUUUCAGAGUCUAAUUCUGAAUCAGAAGAAGAGUCACAGAUUAUGGAAGAAAUGGAACCCCAAUUUGGAAAGAAGGUUCAAGAAGACAAUGGCAGGUUAAGGAUUCAAGUGAGAAUCCCAACACAAUUGGUUAGAGAAGCUGUAGCUUUUCUUAUCCCAAGCAGGGAUCAGCAACAAACACAAGCAUUAACAGAAAAUGAGGAUUCUGCACAAACAACAGAGAUCAUUCAAGAAGCUUAUGAUCAGGCAAUUGAAGAAACUCAAGGAUGACAAACAUCAAAGCCCCUCAGUUUAUUUUGUUUAAAUUAUCAUUAAAAUUGUAACUUUAGAAACUUAGGAGCAACAAUUUGUUAAUCACAACCCAUAUUAAUGAUUAAUGUGCAUGUUUUUGAUUAGUC